CGUCACUCCUCCUACGUAUGUCUGACUGACUACAACUUACUACCGCUGCCUUCCUCUUGAUCCUCCAUGCAGACGGGUCGCUGCAUUCGCAUCCGGAUCACCUCUGUUGUUGCCACUGCUGUGUGAAACGGAUUCUUCUGUGUCAUUGUCUCCUCCCAAGCUUCUACUACCUUUAUUAGCUAUCGUUGGACCUCGACGGCCCUUGGAUUCCCGCAGUCAUGACGGCCGGACUCAAAACGAUCAUCGCGCUUUCAUUCGUCCUUGCCAUUGGUUUCCUUCUCGUCAUCCUCUCAUCCGCCCUGUGGCACAACUUCUUGCCGUUGAUUGUCGUCGCAACCUACGUCGUCGCGCCCCUUCCCAACUGGAUCUGUUCGCGAUGUGCCAAUCCGGAUGAUUUCAUGGACAGCUCCGGCAAUGCGGCAGCUGACUUUGGCCGUUUCCUUACGGGCUUCCUGGUGUUGAUGGGUAUUGCUCUGCCCGCUGUCUUGGCCCACAGCGGAGCUAUCGAGGUUCCCGCGAUGGUCAUGUCGAUUCUUGGAGGUCUUUUGAUUUAUGGGACCAUCAUUAGUUUUUCGAUGUUUUUCCAGGAACAGGAGGAAUUCUGAUUUGCGAUGGGAGGGAAGACAGUCGACUCAGGAGGCCCGAGAGUGUUCUGGAACUCUCUCACCGGUCAUCUCUUUUCCGUGGAUUAUUGACAUCCAACCUUUCUUUCCCCUUAACGCUAGCCCUUAUAUCUAUAUUUAUGGAACAAUGAUCCCUUUUACGAGCCUGCCAUUUGCUAUGAUCUAUUCUCGGAGUUCUGCAUACUUCCUUCUAUGAGCUCCAUCCAGCCUUUUUGAUGUUUGUUUUCUUGUUCGGCGGCGCAAUGGCAUGUACCAGUAACCACAGCAAUGCGAUAAGAGCAAGUUGGCGAUAUGAUAUUCGGGGUUGUCCUGUCUUGCUGCCCCUCAAGUGCUG